AUGAAUCUGAAAGAGUUCUUCUUGUUGAGUUUUUUUCUCUUCGCGCUUGUUCUCGCAUCUUUUAACUUUUCGCAGAUCAAGUCAAUACCAAUAAACGAUGGGACCAUUGGACUGCAACUAGAUAAUUCCUCGUACGGGCGUCUAUUAGCACAGGCAUCACAUAGCAGCAGACCCUCCAUUUCUAAAACCAAUACAAAUAUUUCUGAAAGCUCUUCGGUAAAUAUACAUGAAAGGGUUCAAAACUUACCCUUCCAUUGUGAUGCUUCUAAACUUUCCAAACAGCUAACAGAAGAGGAGAUCAAGGGACUCCUUAAAUCUUACGGGAAAUCCAUAACACAAGAAAACGCACAUAUUGUAUUCAACUAUGUACACAAUUUGCAAAGAAAAAACUAUAUCGACUUGAUCGAAGGGUUGUGGAAGCAUUUUAUGGAAUUGUCGCAGAAGUAUGGAAUACCAGAUGACUACCGAUAUAGCUGCUGGUGGAAAUGCAAUAAUGAACUCCUCAAUGAACUAAUGGACAUCGACCAUUUCGACCACAUGGAUUUAUUUACUUAUAUAAAGGGGAAAAAUAACAACAAUGCAACAUUCACAAAAUUUAUAGAAGACAAAAUGAAGUUAUCUAACGAAAUCAUCGAGAAAAAUAGGGAAAAAUGGACCAAAUUGUUGACCGAACGGAUUAAAAAUAAAAGCUAUAAAAAGUGA